AUGGCCGGGAAGGAUGAGGCCUUGAGCGGGGAGGGGCUCGUGGAGAGGCUGCUGCCUGAGGCGACGAGUUGUGCGGAUGUCGGCGGCGGCGGCGGCGGAGGGAAGAAAUGGAAGAAGACGUACCUGGAUGUGCUUGGCGUGUGCUGCUCCGCGGAGGUCGCGCUCGUGGAGCGGCUGCUGGCGCCGCUCGACGGCGUCCGCGUGGUGUCCGUCGUCGUCGCGUCCCGCACCGUCGUCGUCGAGCACGACCCCGCCGCCGCCUCCGAGUCCGCCAUCGUGAAUGCUCUGAACAAGGCCGGCCUCGAGGCGUCGAUGCGAGCGUACGGCAGCAGCGGCGUCGUCAGCCGGUGGCCGAGCCCGUACAUCGUCGCCUCCGGCGUCCUCCUCCUGGCGUCCUUCUUCAAUUGGCUCUUCCCUCCCCUGCAGCUCCUGGCCUUCGCCGCGGUCUGCGCCGGCGCGCCGCCGAUGCUUCGCCGAGGAUGGGCCGCGGCCUGUAGCCUCUCCCUCGACAUCAACGUCCUCAUGCUCAUUGCCGUCGCCGGCGCGCUCGCACUCGGGGACUACACGGAGGCGGGAGGCAUCGUCUUCCUCUUCACCACCGCAGAAUGGCUCGAGACGCUGGCGUGCACCAAGGCGAGCGCGGGGAUGUCGUCGCUGAUGGGCACGCUCCCGGCGAAGGCGGUCCUCGUGAACGGCGAGGUCGUCCGCGUGCGCGACGUCCGCGUGGGCGACGUCGUCGCGGUCAGGGCCGGCGAGAUCGUCCCCGUCGACGGCGUGGUGGUCGACGGGCAGAGCGAGGUCGACGAGAGCAGCCUCACCGGCGAGUCCUUCCCGGUGCCGAAGCAGCCGCACUCCGACGUCUGGGCCGGCACGAUGAACAUGGACGGCUACAUCGCGGUGAGGACGACGGCCGUCGCCGACAACUCGACGGUGGCGAGGAUGGACAGGCUGGUGGAGGCGGCGCAGAACAGCAGGUCGAAGACGCAGCGGCUGAUCGAUAUCUGCGCGAAGUACUACACGCCGGCUGUGGUUGUUGCUGCCGCAGGAGUGCCCAUGAUCCCGGCGCUGCUCGGAGCAGACAGCCUGCGGCAAUGGUGGAACCUGGCACUGGUGCUGCUGGUGAGCGCCUGCCCGUGCGCGCUGGUGCUGUCGACGCCGGUGGCCACCUUCUGCGCGAUGCUGCGGGCGGCGAGGAUGGGGAUCUUCAUCAAGGGUGGGGAUGUUCUUGAGUCGCUGGGAGAGAUCAGGGCCGUGGCGUUCGACAAGACCGGGACGAUCACCAGAGGAGAGUUCAGCAUCGACUCGUUCCAUCUUGUUGAGAACAAGCUGGAGAUCGAUCAUCUUCUUCACUGGGUUGCAAGCAUUGAGAGCAAAUCAAGCCACCCAAUGGCAGCUGCACUUGUGGAGUAUGCUCAAUCCAAAUCAAUCCAACCAAAUCCGGAGAAUGUCGGCGACUUUCGGAUAUAUCCCGGGGAAGGAAUCUAUGGAGAGAUCCAUGGCAAACACAUCUACAUUGGGAACAGAAGGGCAUUGGCAAGAGCAUCAUCACCUCAGCAAGUUCAAGAAACGAGUGGUAUGAUCAAAGGCGUGUCCGUCGGCUAUGUGAUCUGCGACGGCGAGCUCGCCGGCGUCUUCUCGCUCUCCGACGACUGCCGGACAGGCGCGGCGGAGGCGGUCCGGGAGCUGGGAUCACUGGGCAUCAAGUCGGUGAUGCUGACAGGGGACAGCACCAGGGCGGCCAUGCACGCGCAGGGCCAGCUCGGCGGCGUCAUGGAGGAGCUCCACUCCGAGCUCCUCCCGGAGGACAAGGUGCGGCUUGUCGGCGGCCUCAAGGCGAGGUUCGGCCCGACGAUGAUGGUCGGCGACGGGAUGAAUGACGCGGCGGCGCUGGCGGCGGCGGACGUGGGCGUGUCCAUGGGGAUCUCCGGGUCGGCAGCUGCCAUGGAGACCAGCCACGCGACGCUCAUGUCCAGCGACGUCCUCAGGGUCCCCGAGGCAAUCAGGCUCGGCCGGCGAGCCCGCCGGAUCAUCGCCGUCAACGUGGCGGCCUCGCUGGCCGUCAAGGCCGCCGUGCUCGUGCUCGCCGCCUCGUGGCGCCCCGUUCUUUGGGCGGCCGUGCUCGCGGACGUCGGGACCUGCCUGCUCGUCGUGCUCAACAGCAUGACGCUGCUGAGGGAGAAGUGGAAGGGCGGAAAGAAGGGCGACGCGUGCCGCGCCACGGCGAGGUCGCUAGCGAUGAGGUCUCAGCUCGCCGCCGACGCCGGAGCGCCCAACUCCACAGCCGCGGGCGCCGGCCGUGAACAAACCAACGGAUGCCAUUGCUGCCCGAAGCCGAGCAAGUCGCCUGAGCACUCUGUAGUGAUCGACAUCCCAUCCAACGGCGAGCAUAAAGAAGAGCAGCCAACCAUGGCGGCCAUCGUUGCCAAAUGUUGCGGCGGCGGCGAGUCCAAGAAGCCGGCGGCGAGCCGCGCGUCGCAGGGAUGCUGCAGCGCCGGUGAAGGAAAGCCCAUCAAUGGAACUGGCCGUCGCUGCACGAACGAGAAGCCAUCCUGCUGCGACAAGGGAGCGGCGGAUGUGACCAAUUCUUCGCCGGAAACGGCGAAAGGAUGCGCAAAUGAGGGGUGCUGCGCUUCUUUGCAAGAUUGAGAGGUAAAUUCUCUAUAAAGGGAAAGAUUUGAGCCGGAAAACGUUACAAAUUUAACUGCACAUUGCGUCAAAAUGUCGAAUUUGACUGAACAUUGCGUAUUGUAUCCAGGAUUGGUUUCCGGCAUCCUCGUGGUCACAUUUAUGUGUUAGUGUAGAACUGUGAAACAUGUAAUACCAGGAUCAUGUAACAUUAGUUUAUUUAUUUUGAUUUCUCAGAAAACUUUUUUUUUUACAAGACAUGGUAAAAGCAUAUGUUC